AUGGCUGAAAACGCAAUCGCCUUUGACUUCAUCAUCAUCGGAGGUGGAACUUCCGGGCUUGUUGUUGCCAACCGUUUGUCAGAGGAUCCAACAGUAAAUGUGUUGGUUCUUGAGUCUGGUAAAAACUACCUCGGAGAUCCUAGAGUUAACAUGCCCGCUGGUUGGCCCGCACUUUUGGGAACAGAGGCAGAUUGGAAUUUUGUAACUACACCACAGGAAUCACUUGAUGGCAGGAUUAUGGGAAUUCCCCAAGGACGAGCGCUGGGCGGGUCCAGUGCAAUCAAUUCGUCUGUUUUUAUGAUGCCAUCUCAAGUGGGUAUAGACGCAUGGGCGUCCUUGGGCAAUUCUGGCUGGGACUGGAAAACUUUGGCGCCAUACUUUCGCAAAUUUCAUACUUUGACCACACCAUCGGAGGCUGAUGUGGAAUGCCUUGGACUUCAAAACAAUUAUUCUGCAAAUAUACCGUCUUCUGGUCCCAUUCAAGCCUCAUUCCCACCUGCUCCUGAGAAUCAGUUUCCAAAAGUAUGGAACGAAACUUUCAAGAACCUUGGCUAUGGCUUUAGCGGUGAUGUCUCUGACGGUACUGCAUUUGGACCAUACUCAAAUCCUGCUUCCGUUGAUCCAAACUCUGGACAACGAAGCUAUGCAGCGCGUGCUUACUAUGAGCCUGUCGUUCACCGAACCAAUUUGGUCGUUCUUACUGAAGCCACCGUCACCAGAAUCAUUCUAGAAGGAGAAUCACUACCAUUGAUAGCAAUGGGGGUUGAGUUCUCUCAUGAGGGGAGCAUUGAAAGUCUAAUAGCUUCAAGAGAGCUUCUGGAACUUUCUGGUGUCGGAUCUCCUGAAAUUCUCCGUAAGCAUGGGAUAACUGUGCGUAUUGAGAACCCCAACGUGGGAGAGAAUCUUCAGGAUCACAUCAUAAGCGGCAUCAGCUUCGAAGUCAAUGACGGGGUUGAAACUAUUGAUGAUCUUGCCCGAGGAAACCCAGAAGCUUUGGGCAAAGCGAUGACUGAAUAUAUGACCUCACAGUCUGGGCCAUUCGGUCGUGCUGCUGUCAUGUCUACCUCAUUCGUACCUGUUAAUGACUUCCAAACCAAGGAGGGUCGAGAUGAGUUAGAAAAUUUGCUGAAAGCAUACCCAUCAUCUGCGAGUGAUCGUCCUCACCACGAAUUCGUCCGCUCCCUUCUUAGAAGCCGAGAGCAAGGCAAUGGCAUGAUAUUUAUGUAUGCUGCUCAAGGAAACUUUGGGGCUAAUUUUCCAAAAGAGCUAGUUGUGGCUGAUAUGCCAGAGAAUUUCGUCACGAUAAGCGCUUUGCUAUUGAAUCCACUCAGCACUGGAUACGUGCAUAUUUCGUCUGGAAGUCAUGUUGACGCUCCUGAAAUAGACUUCAAAUAUCUCAGUAACCCUCUCGAUCUUGAAGUGCUGGCUCGUCAUCUUCGUUUCGUUGAUAAGCUUGCAACAACCGAACCACUUGCUUUAUUGCUCAAGCCCAACGGAAAACGCAACAGGUUAUACACUCCCUGGAAUGACUUGGACGAGGUUAAGAAAUACGUCAAGAAAACGGGUAUGUCAAAUUGGCAUCCUGUUGGAACCUGCUCCAUGCUGCCUGAGAACAAAGGGGGCGUAGUUGACAAUAAUCUUAUCGUGUAUGGCACUAGUAAUUUGCGUGUAGUAGACGCAAGCAUCAUGCCCGUUGUACCUAGAAGUAACACCCAAACUGUUGUUUAUGCUGUUGCUGAAAGAGCUGCGGAUAUUAUAAAAGGCACGAGCUGA